ACACAAAGCCCUCCCAAGAUUGUUCAUUUAUUUGAUCUUGUUCGUUUUACUGACAUUUCUUUGAUUUAGCUGGAAUUUUUCCUUUUGUGUUUCCUUUUGGGUUUUUUAUUUUUUGGUACCGGGGAUCGAAUUCGGGUCCUUGCGCUUGCGCAGCAGGCAGCGAAACCACUGAGCUAAAUCCCCGGCCCAUAGUUUUUUAAUUUGGGUUAUGGUGUGCAAUAUUGGCAGUGGUGUGAUUUCUUCUCAAAUAAGUAACUUGUCCUGGCAGUUUAUUGAUUAGUUCUUAUUUACUCUCCAAAGUUGCGGGUAUUCUUCACUCACAGCUAUUUAUAGUGGAUGUUUCUACACUAUCUGCGCUUGCCCUGGUACCUCACUGAUUUGAUCUAUAGUAAGAAUGAGUUCACUGUGGUGUAGAAGAACAUUACAGGGGAAAAAAGAAAAAAAAAAUGCGGUGAUACAGAAGUUCAUAAAAGCAAGUGACUGGUGCGUGGUCUGGAGGGAUCUGGGAGGGGACAGGUGAGUGUUGAACGUGCUCAGCAAGUGCUCGUAGUUAAAACGCAAUUCCAGUCACGCUGUCCUUCGGGAGGACUCCAGACGCUUCACCGGCUGACAGACAGCUCGGCAGGGGCGAGAGGCUCGCGCGCGGGCCGGUGCAGCCGCUCUGGGAGGACUGGAGGCUGCCGAGGGCAGGACCCACGUCAUUUCCUGCCGCGGCAGGGCGGCGCUCGCGCGAUGACCGCUAGCGCCGAGCCCCGGGGGCGACGGCCCGGUGUCGGGGUCGGCGUCGUGGUGACCAGCUGCAGGCAUCCCCGCUGCGUCCUGCUGGGGAAGAGGAAAGGGUCGUUUGGAGCCGGCAGCUUCCAGCUUCCUGGGGGUCACCUGGAGUUCGGUGAGACCUGGGAAGAAUGUGCUCAAAGGGAAACCUGGGAAGAAGCAGCUCUUCACCUGAAAAAUGUCCGCUUUGCCUCAGUGGUAAAUUCUUUUGUUGAAAAAGAGAAUCAUCAUUAUGUUACUAUAUUGAUGAAAGGAGAAGUAGAUGUGACUCAUGAUUCAGAGCCAAAGAAUGUCGAACCUGAAAAAAACGAAAAUCGCGAUGUCCCAAAGACCACCAGGAGACCGUUUCCGAUGUUGGGAGUGGGUUCCAUGGGAAGAAUUUCCUCCACUAGACCAGCUUUUCUGGGGAUUGCGUUGUUUAAAGGAGCAAGGCUAUGAUCCAUUUAAAGAAGAUCUGAACCAUCUGGUAGGAUACAAAGGAAAUCAUCUCUAUAUGACCAAGAAGAUACAUUGAUUAAAAAAAAUAAUAAAAAGACAAAAAUAAGGUCAAGUUAGAGAAUAAAAAAUACCUACAUUUCAGAACAACUCCAUUUUAUCAAAAGUUCCAUGUGAUUGUAGAUUAUUUGGAUUCUCUUAAUAUACUCACCACCUCAAGAAAAUCUUUCUGGAAUACGUCAUUGCAUUGUAUUUCGGGCAUAGAAUAUAUAAUAAAUAAGGAUAUUGUGGUUAA